CAUAAUGGAGGAACAAGAUCACGACUCAUAUGAAUUUGCAUUCACUUGGACUAUUGAAGACUUCAUUAUGUGGUCACCUUUCUUAGGAGUUCUUCGUAGCCCAAGGUUUGUCUUGAAUUCUUUACCAGACAUCAGAUGGUACAUCGAACUAAAUUUUUCUCAGCUUCAAGAGAGUUAUAUUGCAUUCCUUUCACUAGGAAGAAGUUCUUUCAUACCAUCUCCGUGUACCGUAACAUGCGAGGUUCAAGCACUAGAUCGUGACGAAACGUUAAUUUAUGAAAGCAAAGAACCUUUUGUCUUAUUUCCAUAUGCACUAAAGUUUGACGGCGUUUGCCGUAUCGAAGGUCAUCGUUUGAUGUCUUUAGCAAGCAAUAUCCUAAUCAUAAAAUGCAUCUUGAAAGCAGUGUGGCAGAAAGAUUAUGAAGAACUUUUACCCCAGAUUUCGUACGAAACUGGACUACUCACAGAUGUCGUGUUGCAUGCUGGUGGUGCAGUUUUCAGAGUGCAUAAAGCUAUGUUAUGGGCGAGAUGGCCUAAGUUAGCAGAACUGUUCGAUACAAAAGCGAGCUCUGAGCUCUUUCUAGAUAUGAAAGCUAAUGUAUUGGAGACUGUGCUGCAAUUCAUUUACACCGGAAAAGUAGAUUUCAAUAGUCCUGAAUUAUUAGGAGAACUAUAUGAAGCUGCUGCAAGGUAUGGGAUUUCUGGCUUGAAUCCUGUAAUUAUUUUAGAACAGAAAGCGCGAACUCGCGUAUAUGUAUUAAAAACAUCUUUCAAAUGGCCAAUAAAGAAUUUCUCCAGCCUGCCUAUAAACACAGAACUACGUAGUCAUCUAUUUACUGUAGGUAAAUUAAAAUCUUGCAGAUUUUAUUUAACUCUACAUAUACUUGAAGAUGUGAUGCAUAACAGAAUGUUUAGUAUCAGCCUCUGUAAAAUACGAGAGGAAAAUUUCAAGCCGAUUUUUGUGAAAAGCAAGAUAUCUUUCGAUGAGAGUUCUUUUCAAAGUGAAUACUUCUUCCACUCACAUGGAAUAUGGAAAUGCGCAGAAUUUCUCCGAAAUAUUUCUAAAGGUUUAGAAAAUGUGUUAUUGCUUAAAUGCGAGUUUAAAAUUUCAGAUUGCAGUCAUUCAUCUGAAAUCGUUGAAUCUUCUUGUGCUUUUGCAUCGUCUCUAAGUUACCAUCAUUUUAGCGCCAACCUUAGUAGUCUCUAUGAGAGUGGAACAUUAUCGGACAUUACUAUAGCGGUCGGUUCGAGAACUUUGUCCGCGCACAAAUUCAUUCUAUGUAGCCGAUCUGUUGUUUUUUCUAGAAUGUUCCAAACGGAACUGAGGGAGUCGAAUGAUAAUACACUUCAUAUUACAGAUGUCAGUCCCGAUGUAAUGAAUGAUAUGCUUGCGUAUAUAUAUUCAGGUAGCUUUGAAAGAACCUUGAGGGCAAUUCUUCAGAGACCGGUUGAUCCAUUCUGCGAGAUGGAGAAACUUUAUUCAGCAUCUUUUAAGUACGAUGUCCCAGCUCUCAAGAAAAAAUGUUCGUCCUAUUUAAAAUCCCGUCUUACUCCUUGGAACGCGUGCACAGUAUUCCAACUGGCCCUUUCACAUUCUGAUGAUGAGCUAUAUAAAUGUGUACUAGAAUACACUACGUCUCACGCAGAAGAUGUUUUCUCAACUGACAAAUGAAAGGAAUAUGUAAAAGAUAACUUAGCAGGUAAAUUUUUGCAGGAUAUGGUCGUUCAUAAAAAUGAUAAUCCAGGACAAUUAUUCCCAAAUUCUGAAUCUCAGCCUAGUACAGUAGGAUAGGAAACUAUUUUGGAUACAUUGUGACAAUUGUGAUUACGUGCAUGUGCUUUGAGAUGUUAAAAUAUUUUCAGAAGCACUUCUUCAGAAUAAUUAUGACUUCUAUAUCGGAAUUUUAAAAUUUUUAUAGAACUUUAAAUAAAUUAAUUUGGUAAGUAAAAA